AACAUGGCGGACACGGAAGGAGAAGAAGAGAGGUCUGAGACACCUUCAAAACAAGAAGAUCUAGACGACCCCAACGACGAUGGCAUUCCACCAAGAGGAAAGUUAGAUCGACAAAGAUCGUUUAGCACGGCUAGUAUUGUGGCUAGGACAAAGUUAGCAACACUUAUUCAAAUUACGAGCUCUGCAGAAUCUGAAGGAAAAACUGACCACAAGAAAGUUGCGGAUAAUGUAUUUGAUUCGCUGGUUGGAGGAACGUUUGACCUCGAAAAUAGGUUCACUAUACAAGACUGCGGUGAUGUAUUGAUCAUUCUAGAGCUGCUAGACCACUGCAAUGAUUCCCUGAAGGUAGGAGACAAUUUAUUAUAAUAUUACAUUGUUAGUGUACUUUUUGUACUGUUUCCGUUAACGAUGUGCAUUACUGUAAUGCUAUUACUUAUCCAUUCUGCUACUUUUGAAUAAAUUACCCAAUGAAAUAAAUGUUGGAUGUUGUCAUUACGUGUGGGUUGAGUUGGCGGUUUUAUUAACUACAUGAAGAAGUUUCAAUUAUUAUUGUGCUAUAGUUGUUGCCAAGGUACAUUCCAUAAUCGAAUCAUGUGAGUGGCAGUCACUGUAUUAUCAUAUAAAUUAUCAUGUAUGUUUGRGUUGCUUCUGUCUUUCCCAUUGUGAAGGCAGCUGCAUAUUCUCUGUAUUAAGCUAUAUGCUAUUUUGUGCUUGUUSUACAUGUAUUUUGGUCUUCUAGUAUUUAAAAGCCUCUACAAUAGAUUCUUGUGUAUUUUUGACUGCAUCAUAUUUCUCAAUCUAUCUUUUGUUAUUGAAAUAUUCCAAGUUUUAUGUUAUCUAGUUUUCCGUUCUAUUA